AUGCCAAAAAAUCUCAGUGUUUCUGUUGAGGAUUUUGGGUAUCCUCUGGAGCCAGUGAAACUUCUGGCAGGGUCUUGGAGAGAAUUUCCAGCACCUUUCAUAUCUCAGAUUAUAGAGUUAAAGAUGGUCAAAGCUAACAGCACCAACGGCCUAUUAUCUAUUAUAGUUAUUGCAGUCUUGAUUUUCCCGGAAGUUGCAUCACAAGCCCUCUCACCCAGUGAUUCUGCUGCAGAUAAUGUGUCAGAUGCCAUUAGACAAUCCGAUAAUACUAUUAGAGUGGAUCCUUUAGAUAAUUUCGAAAAAUACAGAGGAGGGUUUAACAUCACCAACAAGCAUUAUUGGAGUUCGGUGAUAUUCACUGGAGUAUAUGGAUAUGCAAUUGGGUUGCUCUGCCUUUUGUGUGGAAUUGUAUAUGGAAGCUUUUUGGUAAUAACCUUGGCUUGUCAAAAAAAUGACGGAAGAAGAAGGAUUAAGAAUGUCUCUCCUUGUAAUUACAAGAGUUGUGAUCUUUCACUAAUUCCUUUGGCUAUAUUGCUCACCAUUUUUGCUAUAGCUGCAACUGGGGUAGCUCUUGCUGGGAGUGCAAGGUUCCAUUCUGAAGCGAAAACUGCAGUCAAUAUUAUAAUCAAGACAGCGAAUGAGGCAUCAGAAACGAUACAGAACACAACAGGAGCAUUAAAGGACAUGGAAAGUAGCUUCAUGGAAGCCAAUGUCAGUCAUCAGACUACUGUAAAUCUUGACUCUACUACUGAGAGGCUUGAUGAUGCAUCUGCAAACAUUGAAAAGCAAGCCAGGAAGAAUAGGCGCCUUAUUAACAAGGGCUUGAAAGUAGUAUUUGUAACUACCACAGUGAUCAUAAGCAUGAACUUGGUUGCUCUAAUAGCUUUGGCAGUUUCUGGAGUACUGAGGUUUCGGCGGGCACUAUACCUGCUUGUCAUAUUAUGCUGGUUGAUGACAGUGAUAUGCUGGUUAUUCUUUGGAGUCUAUUUCUUCUUAGAAAAAUUUUCUGGUGAUGCAUGCACAGCUCUUGGCAACUUUCAAGAAAAUCCCUAUAACAACAGCCUAAGCUCAAUCCUCCCUUGUGAUGAAUUGCUCUCGGCAAAAUCAGUUCUAUCUGAUGUUGGUGCGGGGAUCUACGACCUUGUUAAUAAGGUGAAUGCAAACAUUUCAGCCAUGCAGGCAACAUCAGAUGUGAAUCUUGUUCAUGUUUGCAACCCCUUCUCAGCUCCACCCAAAUACUUAUACCAGCCAGAGAACUGCCCUGCUAACACUAUAAGAAUAGGAGACAUCCCAAAGGUAUUGAAGCCUUUAACAUGUUCGAAUGACAUUGAUGGAAACUGUGACAACCUGUAUUACAUAACUGGCAGUGAAUACACGAGAGUUGAGGCUUACACAAAUUCAAUUCAGAGUCUACUGAAUGUGUAUCCAACCCUUGAAGAAAUAUGCUCAAAUGGUAUGGCUAGGAAUGCUGUUUCUUGCAGUGAUCAUGGUGUUGUUAGUUGUGAUCUGGACUAUAAAAACUCGUCAUGA